AUGGGCUGCUGUUUCUCAAAACCGCGCCCGCCGCUUGUCGGGCUUCAAGAUCAAGAGGGACGAACAGUUAUGUUGGUCAUGGACAACGAUCCGCGGAUCGAUGAACGGCGACGCGAGGUUGCAGAGGGAAAAUGGUCAAACGGUGGAAAUCCGAUGGCAGGACGGCCGCCUCAGUCCGGGGGACAGGAGGAGUUUCAAGCACCGCCAGGCCUAGAUUGGUUCAAUCAGCAGAACAAUGCGCCAGUGGGAGGCGGCGGGGGAUUUGGGGGCCAGUCGCAGGGUGGAGGAGGUUUUGGCGGGCAGUUCCAAGGUGGAGGCGGCUUCGGUGGACCCUCCCACGGCGGUGGAGGCUUUCACAGAGGGCAAUCCCAAGUAGGUAGUGGUGGUCCCUUCGGGCAACAAUCUCAAGGAGGCGGUGGCGGUCCUUUUGGGCAGCAGUCUUCAGGACGCCGAGGAAGAGGAAGUCAGUUCAAGGGAUCCAAGACUGGGGUCUUCAGUCAUCCCACUGGUCUGUCUAGCAAGCUCGGUGGUCCGCACGUACAGGUUAGAGGUUACGACACGGGUGAUCCCAAGCUCUACCAUCAAAACCACGGGAAUCUGGGCCCGCCGGCAACUUCCACGAGACCCUUCGUUGACAACGGGCCGCGGGGACAGGGGGACCGUGAUCGAACUCAGAAGAAGAGAGGUGGGAGUCAGAACAGAAACCAGGGAAACCCAUUUCAAGGCGAUCAACGAGGUAAUCCGCUCGCGGGAUGGGGAGAGGAGAAUCUCGCAGCUCCUCCCAAGCGGCAUGUGGAUCUAGAGAACCUAGGGCCGAACACGGUAUAUGACGAUCCGGGCCCAGCUGCUCGUGAUCCAACCCGCCGGAGAGGCGAGAAGAGCCGUGCGCCACCUGCGCCGAAUCAACGAAGGAAAUCGAGAAGCCGUACGCCACCUCCACGAAGACAACGAUCUCGUUCGCCGCGACAAAAUGACGAAUAUCCGCACGGCGAUAUGCGUUGGCCACCUCCACAUACAUCUCAUGCCAAGCCGCUGCGGUUGACGACCUCAUACAUCAAGGAGGGAAGAGUCUUCUACAAUCUCAUAUACCAGAACAGCUUUCCAGAUGCUAAAGACAUCGAGGCAAACAUCAUCAAAGACACGAAGGAGGCGCGGAAAAAGAUGCCUCAGGAAGAGAAUCCUCGGAUGAAGAUAUAUCAGGCACUGGACAGCCAGCCACCGAAACUAGCGAAGAUUAGCGAGGGGCCAAGGGGUAAGAUAUGGAUAGUGGAAGAAGGGGACGAGGCACUUGUGGGGUGCAUCUUGGAGUUGAAGACGGUGACGCUCCGGGAUGGAGGUAGGGAGAAGUUUCAGAUAUUCGGUGUGGGCGUGAAGGAGAUCGCUGACGCUAUCUUGCUCAUCUCGUAGAAGGCUGGAGAGCGGGACCAGUAGGCGACGGAUCACAAAAAGAGAUGGGGAUUUCACUGCAUUCAGAGAUGCGAAGUGAUUGUCAUUGAAUAGAGCAAAUAGGCUGUCGAAGCGCAUUGAAGCACAUUGAAGACCUAGCGUUCGUGGUUGAAGGGAAUGUCAUCGGGCGGCACGUGGAGCCGUAGAAGGGUCGCCUGCCAACCACGAGCUGCUGACAGCACCCUUUAUCUUGAACAAUAGAGAUGGAACGAAAAGACAAAAUAACAACGACGAUCGGAGAGUGCGG